UUACUCAACAAACAAAAUCUAGAAUGUGUGCUAGGGAAAAAAAAAAUCUUGAAUGUAUUAUUAAAAAGCUAGAAAAACAAAACUAAAAUUCAAAACAUAAGUUUGACCGAACCAAACGAUUUCAACGCAGAGUCAAGGGUAAAAUAGACAAUUCGAUGAAAUAGGUCCUACUCAUAAAUAGGGGUAGAUUAGUCAAUUUACAAGACUAAUAUGAGUAAAAGUGAAUUAAACACGAUUAGUAGUAAGUUACUUGAACAGCAACAUGCAGCAGAGUAGCGGAGCAAAAAAAGCCUUACGACUACGACGACGCUCACACUCUCCUCCCGCCUCCUUCGGGAACUGCGAUCUUACCAUAAAUAGCAAAACUCGAUUUUCUUCCCCCGGAGAUUCAGUAUAAGGUGGCUACUGCAGAGCGACAGAGAGAGAGAGAGAGAGAGAGCACGAAGGAAGCAGAGUGUGGUCGAUCAAACUCGCAAAUUAGGGUUUCGUCUAGUACAUUGCCGUUGCUCACUGUUCAGGAUCCCGAAUCCUUUCCUCUGAGAAAGAAACACAUGCUUCAUUUGAAUAAUGGAGAAGAAGUCAGAUGGCCUACCAUUUAAGUGGGGUAAAAGGAGAGGACCUUGUGUAGAAGACAAGGAUGUUCAGUACUAUGAAUCUUUCACUUACGGUGGUUGUGAGUACCGUCUUUAUGACUGUGUCUCAGUUGGAGACUCCCCCCGUGUGUUCUUUGUUGGCAAGAUCAUUAAAAUGUGGGAGUAUACUGAUCAGCGUCAAGACCCGAGGAGAGUUGAGUUGCUUUGGUUCUUCAAACCCUCUGAGCUUUCCGUGUACCUUGAAGGAGUUGGGGAUGUGCUUGCUAACGAGCUCUUCUUGGCUUCUGGGUCUGGUGUUGGCCUCACCAAUGAAAACCUAUUGGAAGCAAUUUCUGGAAAAUGUCGUGUUCUAUGCAUCUCCAAGGACGUGAGAAAUCCACAACCCUCGGAGGAAGAACUCAAGUCGGCCGACUUCCUUUUUCACCGAACGUAUGAUGUGGGAACUUCCGAAAUUUUAGACAAGAUAGAUGAUGAAAUCGCUGGAGUUGAUGUUAAAUUCAUCUUUAACGGAAGAAAAGCUAGAGCUCUGCAAAAAGUGGCGACCGACAUACAAGGGACUGCAGAUAGUUUGAAACCGAAUCAUCCUUCAAUUAGCGGUUCAGUUAUGCAGAAUGCACGCAAUGCCAGUGAUCUCCCUGGUCAUAAACAAUUGGCUAGGAAACAACCUACACUUGCAGAAGAAAGGUCUAACAAGGAUUCUGGUCGGCUUGAUGGUGAACUUGACAGACUUAGCGCUUCGGGUUCUAGGAGAAAUGAUUGCCAUGGAAGGAAAGACCAAGACGAUGAGGUUCGAAAGCAAUUGGCUAAACAAAAACCAAGGCUUGCUGAUGAAAGAUGCAGUAAAGAUUCUCACUGUGUGGAUGACAUGCUUCAAAAGAAACGGAGACUAGAUGGUUCUCCGCCGAAAAUAAGAAGAAAGGAUGGUAGAAAAGAUACAGAACCUAUUAGAAGAGAUGCGACGGUCGGAAAAUCAAGGCUUGCAGAGGAAAGACGCAGUAAUGAGUUUUACGGUUUGGAUGUCAUGCCUCUAAAGAAACCGAGGCUAGAUGGUUCUGUUGCAGUAUCAGAUGGAAGGAGAAGAGAGUCGCAGAAUGAUGGUAAAAAAGACAUACAAGGUAUGAGAAAAGAUGUGAUGGUGGAAAAAUCAAGGCUUGCAGGGGAAAGAUGCAGCAAAGAUUAUUACAUGCCUCAGAAGAAACUGGAGGUGAAUGGCUCUGCUGUAGUAUCAGAUGGAAGGUUAAAAAUGUCACAGAAGUUAAGUCAUGAUGGAAGAAAAGAUCCUAGAGACAACGUCACCAGAGGGGAAGUAAGUUCCAAGAAGCCUAGCUUCACUGACAAGAACCAAUAUCUGCGGAUACCAAGAUGUUCUGAAGGAAAAGAGACCAGACAUGUGAGAUUUGCUGAAGGAACUGAGACCAGACAUGUGAGGUUUUCUGAAGGACAAGAGACAAGGCCUGCAACUGAGAAAGGUCUUAUCAAGAAACCCAGCCCUGAUUGUAAAAUAUCAAAACAUAGUGAGGAGAAGAGUUUGACAAAUGCCGAUUACAGAAGACAUUAUCGAGUCUCCGAAGUGACUCAAAAGCCUAAUGUUGAAGGAAUCAAAUGGUUCCGAAAACUUAGUUGGGAAGAAGAUUUGAGGGAUGCAGAAGGGAAAGGGACUCUGGUUGUUCUCAGAAACUUGGAUCCUUCUUAUACAUCUAAUGAAGUGGAGAAUAUAGUCUACUCUGCUUUGAAUGAGCAAUGUACGGCCAGGAUGAUUGGGCGGACGUCAGCUACUAUUCCUCAUAUCGGUGAAGCUUUAGUGAUAUUCGAGACAGUGGAUGCUGCAAGAAGGGUAAUAAGAAGACUACAUGAGGGAUGCUUGUUGCUACCAAAUGGAAGGGUACUUGUUGCUACUAGUGCUAAGGUGAAUCCUCCAGCUAUGCCUUCAUUGCCGUUUCCUGGCCAUAUCAAUGUUCAGCGUCGAGGGAAGAGAAGCGCUGCGGUUACAUCACAUUGUUCUCAGGGUAACAACAUUGAAUUUGAAAUGGGCAUGGAAUGGUGGUUGCACCUACGCAUAUACAAGCAGAUUUGGAAAAGCAUACAUGAGGUGACCAUCUAUCACCACUGUUUCCUAUGUGAUGAACUCUUCCUUGCUCUUCUACGCGACAAAUUGAGGAGAAGAAGUUGCAGUUGGAUGUCCAGCCGAAACACAUUUAGUUUCAGCAUCAUCUUGUUGUGUUCUAGUGUAAGUAAAAAAAAAACCUGGAGAGGCUAUGUCUAACAUCUAAUGAGUGUGAAGAGUUUUAUCUUCUUCUGUUGAAGCACCUGAGAAGGAGAACACAGAGAAGAACAAUCACGAGAUUUUGUUAGUUUUAGUUGGUGUAGUGUCAUUCUUAGAACAUGGAGCUGCCGUGUUCAUCCAACCCCAACUAACUUUCAACGGUAAAAAUCAUUUCAGGAAAUCAAAUCUUGUUUCUUGUCAUUAGUAUUUUUUGUUGUCGGUAAAGCUGGAUUCUAAUUGUAAACCAAACUCUUGAAGCUCCUUUGUACAUAUCAUCAUCAAAUGCUAAAAGAAAACCAAAAGAUUUGAUAAAAA